AUGAAGGUCGAAAACUCCGAAUUCGAACCCCAAUGUCUAACGUGCAACAUUCUGACGGAGUGUGUAGAAUUUAAGGCGUCGAUGGAUCCUACGGAUUGGAAAUACUUCCUAAUUGAUUGUCAAGGACCUGCAAUUCGGCAUACUAAGAUAUUUCAGCUUCAAGGCAUGAAUUACUAUGUCGGGCGUGAAAAGUAUCUCUGUGUGCUCAGAUUUAUUCAAAACUUGGACAGCAGCAACACCCUUCGGAAACAUUACGAAGGUAUUCAAAAGCCGAAGAUCUUUUAUCACUUCCCAUUCAUCAGACAUGCAAAUGUCUCGCUUCGUAUCAAGCUCUACCUUCCACCAAACCUGAGCCGAAAAGAUCCACGACCCCUGAUUCUUCACACGAGCGAUGAAGUAGAAGAGCCUUACGCUGGUUACAGUCCUGCAUUUGGACAUUCUCAUUACCUAGCAGUGGCUAAAAAAUGGGCAGUUUUGGAGGUUGAUGGCCGAGGAAAAAAUCUCGAGGGGUUUACACGUUUGCGGCCAAUAAAACAGCGCGUUGGAAUCGUCGAUUUACAGGAUUACAGCGAUGCGGUGACGUUCGUUUUCAAGAAAUACGGAUCAUGGUUGGACCCGAAGAAAUUGGGAGUAUGGGGCCGAGGAUACGGAGGAUACACGGCGGCAUGUUUAACUGGAGCAAAACGCGUUUCUCUAAUUCAGUUUAAAUGUGGUGCAGCUGUAUCGCCAUAUGCGCGCAUGUACAAUCUCAGCCACGCAUUUUUUGGCCGCCAUUUCCCAGACAUGAGUAGCCCUUGGGAAACCACGAAGCCUCUAAUCUAUACCAGGGCAGAUCUCCUACAUCGGAUGCGGAAUAUGCGUAACGACUCUUUCCUGAUAAUACAUGGCUCCACGGAGCGCGAAAUUAACGUUGAACAAACGAUGUGGCUCACAAAAACUCUCGUAGACGCAAACGUGGCCUUUCAACAAAUGAUAUUGCCUGAUGUUGAUUUCUCGAAGAAAGAAUCGCUAAAGAUUGUUUACCAUAAGCUGAAUUAUUAUUUCUCGGAAUGCUUCGGUGAACUGAGUUAUUCGUCUCGUAGUAAGCCAUUCUCUGCCAAUUAUAAAACCGUUGAAAUCGAUUCGUAUUACGACGACAUACUUAAAGAUCAAUUAAACACUGCAAAAGAGGAAAGAAGCGUGGACGUAGAAAUGAAAGAAGAAUGGCGAGAUGAUUUUGAAAAGAAAGACUAUCAGUUUGAGGAGCUUUACAAAACCGAAAUCGACUUCGAAGAUGAACAAGAAGAAAAAACAUGA